AUGCAAGACAAUCCACCUUCAACAACCACACCGAAAGCGGAACCUGUUGAACAACAACAAGAGGAACAACCGGAGACUGUUAGCAUUGAUGAUAAAACAGUCUCAACAUCAAAUCAACAAGAUAUAACUAGGGAUGAAGCUGCUUCAUUGUAUGAUGAUGUGUUAUCAUCGUCAAAUAAUAAUUCGAAUGUUGAGAGUAAUGUAACUGCAGAAGAUGAUUCGACAAAUAAUAAUAAUAAUCAGGACAAUGAUCAAACAGGAUCACUAGAAGGAGAAAAGGAACAACAAACAACACCUAGUACGAAUAACUCUGUUGCGGAUAGCAAGAAUGAAUCUAAAGAAAACACUAAGUCAAACAACACCACCGGCAAAUAUUACAGCAAUAAUAAUAAUAACAGAGGCAACUUUAAAGGUGGAAGAGGAUUCUAUAAUAAUAACAACAAUAGAGGAUAUUAUAAUAACAAUAACAGAAAUAAUUAUAAUAACAAUAGCAGAGGAGGUUAUAACAAUAAUAAUAACAGAAAUGGAGGUUAUAACAACAAUAGAGGAAACUACAAUGAUUACCAAGGCAAUUCAUACAACCAAGGCUCAAAUGACCUCAAGAGAAAUUAUCAAUCAUACAACAAUGGCAGUGGCAGUAGCAGUAGCAAUAAUAAUAAUAGAGGAUAUAACAAUAAUAACAACUACAAUGGUGAGCAAUCGUACAAUUAUCAAUCUUAUGAUAAUAAGAGAAGAAGAGAAGAUAACGCACCAGCUGCCACAAGUAGUACUACUGCGGAUAACACUGAAAAACCAUUGUCUGAAGUGAGAGGAGUAGCUGCUUUCUUAUCAAAGGAUUCACAAAAUACUAGAAGUGGAGGAGAUUUUAGAAACAACAAUUCAAAACAAUAUAAUAAUCAAGGAGGUUAUCAAAAUAAGCCAUACAAUAAUAAUCAAGGAAGUUAUCAAAGUAAUAACAAUAAUAGUACCAGCAAUCAAGGAUAUAACAAUAAUCGUCCAUACAAUAAUAAUAAUAAUACCAACAACAACAAGACAUAUAACAACGAUUAUCAAAAGAACAGUGGCAACCAAUUCCAAGAUCGUUCAAACUGGGGAAAUAGUGGAAAUUCUUCUGAUUUCCAACAAAGAAAUUACCAAUCACAAUCAUAUGGUGGAGGAUAUAACAAUACUAAUAACAAUAAUAGAUAUGAAAAUGAUUAUAGAAAGGAUGAUGCUGAUAGAUCUAGAGGAUAUGAUCAGCAGUAUGGUGGCUAUAAAAAUGAUUAUAGAGUGGAUUCAAAUGUUCAAAGACAACAAUACAACACACAACAAUAUCAAAAUAAUAAUAAUAAUAAUAAUAAUAUUGAACCAGCUUUACCAAGUGGAUGGAAGCAAUACUUUGAUGAUAAAACUGGUAAAUAUUAUUAUCAUAAUGAAAGAACGGACACAACACAAUGGGAAAGACCAUAAACUAAUUUAUUGGAAGAAGAAAUUGUUAAAUUAUAAAUAUAUUGACUAGUCUGAAAAUGUAC